AUCCGCUAUAUAAGCAGCAAAAGAUUACACCGUAACGAAUGAUGUGGGGGAAGUUGUCGGAAAUCUGGUGAUGGCGUCCGAGGCGGAGCUCGUGCAGCGGCUGAGGGAUUUUCUACGGACCUCCGACCUCUCGACAACCACAGCAGCGAUCGUCCGGCGAAAGCUUGAGGAGGACUUCCGCGUUGAUCUGACGGACAAGAAGACGUUCAUUCGGGAGCAAAUCGAUAUCUUCCUCGGGGAAUUACACGAGAAUGAAGAGGAGGAUGGAGAAGCGGACGACGUGAAGUUGGAGGAAGAGGAAGGAGGGAGCGGCGGCGAGGAGGACGAGGACGAAGAGGUCGAGGAGGACGAGGAGGGCGAGGAGAAAGAGGGGUCGAGUAAUGGCGGCAGCGGAAGUGGGAAGAGGAGGUUUGAUUUUCUAUCUUUUCCUUUAUUUUCAAACAAGCUCUCUGUGGAAGUUAAGAAAAGGGGUGGUGGAUUUACGAAAUUGUGUAGCCUUUCCCCGCUGCUUCAAGAGUUUGUUGGCGUGCCUGAGUUGGCAAGAACUGAGGUGGUCAAGAGACUAUGGGGCUAUAUACGUGAAAACAAUUUGCAAGAUCCAAGCAAUAAGAGAAAGAUUAUAUGUGACGAGAGAUUGCAAACCCUUUUCAAAGUUAAUAUGAUUGACAUGUUUCAAAUGAAUAAGGCUUUGACAAAUCAUAUCUGGCCUUUAUCUUCGGAAAGUGGCCCAGAGAAAUCAUCCAAAGAAAAGCCAAAGAAAAAAGCGAGAGAAGAUUUAGAUGAUACAGCACGUAAAGGAAAACGGCAGAAAGGAGGGGCUUCAGGUUUUCUUGCACCCGUACCACUUUCGGAUGCUCUAACAAAGUUUAUUGGCACCGGUGAAAAUAUAUUGCCAAGAUCUGAUGUUAUAAAGAGGUUAUGGGAUUACAUAAAGCAAAAUAAUCUACAGGAUCCUGCUGAUAAGAGGAACAUCAUUUGCGAUGAUAAGCUUAAAGAACUGUUCCAAGUCAACUCUUUUACUGGUUUCACGGUUACAAAGUUGCUUGCAGCUCACUUCGUGAAGACAAAAGAUUAAGUUACUCCACUGAAAGAUCUGCCAUUAUUCCGAGGAGGGAUUGGGCAAUUUUGUUUGCUAGUGUAGCUUCAGCUUCCUCUUCUGUAGACAAGGAAGGUGCCAUAGGCAGUCCACCUUAAAUUGUCCCGAGAGAAUGAAAAUGAAAAUACCUUUUUUUUUUAUUUAUCUUGGCCUGAUAGGAGUGAAGUACUACUCUAUAUUGUCUUCUGUUACCAUGCCCAAUUUUUAUUUGGAAUUAAUGUAGCAGACACAUUUACCAUAUUUAAGCUCCUGUGCUUUUGCAA